AUGGCCAAGGCUGCCUGUGGGAGAUCCCGCCAAGCGUAUUCCCGUGUUCCCGUGCGUCCACGUGUGACAGCCUGGGAGGAAUCUGCUCGCCUUGAUUUGAGAUCUUACGGUGUUGCCAAGCCCCGCCGACGUGUGGUAGCUGUCAGUGACGUCGAAGACAGCAUUCCUCACCCUUCCAGUUUUUCACAGGCCUGUGGGAGAAUUUUGGUGGUAGGAUUCCCGUUUUUAUUGGCGCUGUUGCCACCCGAACGCGCAUGCUCGGCGCAACACCAGCAGACAUGCAAAUCAACCCUGCUUGCCAAUCUGCCCGAGACGGCGUUUGUUGCGUCAGCGGAAGUCACACCGCGGUACUCAGCCUCGGCGGCAAGCACGCUAUUGGUUGAAGUACCGAGUAUAUUUUUUGUGUGUUUGGACAGGAUGUCCUCUGACGACGACAUCGCCUGGUGCGUGGAGGGUGUUCAGCCGCACGACGAGAAGGAAUUCCUCGAAAUCGACCUCGGUCAGUUGUCCUUCGUGAAGCUCAUUAUAACCAAGGGUCUUUCCACUGCUGAUAAGGGUGGGCUGUAUAUGACGUCGUACUACUACAUCUGGUACCGUCGCGAUACGAGCCAGUCGACGUGGAUCAAGUACCAGAACAUCAACGGAACAACGCGAAUCAAAGGCAACCUCGACGCCCAGACUGAGCGCUACGUCUCAAUGAAUCCGCCGUUUGUCGCCCGGUGGGUGCGCAUCUAUCCCUUCACGCUGGAGCGAAAGCCUGCCUGUCUCAAGCUUGAAUUGAUUGGAUGCAGUGCCAAUGGUGUCAUUGAGUAUCAGGCUCCCCGUGGACACCUGUUGUCUAAGUCACCGCGACAUCGGCUGCUGGACGUCACAUACGACAGUCCAGAACAUCGCCACGACUUCUCGCUCGGUGCUGGAGGCGUCGCCUUCCAUCGACAGGCCUUCAACGUCGGUGGACUGGGCAAACUCGUGGAUGGGAAACCAGACAGUGAAGUCGAUAGUGAUCCACUCGAGACGAACCUGUUCGUCGGCUGGAAGCGGGAGACUCGAAGGGAUGGUGAACUCGACUUCGAGAGGGUUGUCUUCCGAUUCGACGCCUUUUACAAUUUCUCCGGUGUGAGUCUACUUCUGGCCGAUCAACUGGGCUCUGAGGUGGCGCGACCCAAGCGCGUGGAGGUUCGACUGAGUCGUAGAUUUCCACGUGGCACUUCAACCACCAAUCCCUCCACGACAAACCUCGUCGCUACGCACGAAUUGCCCUCGUCUGAUGUCGCUGCUCUACGCCGAGUCCAGUGGAUGCGUGUCGACUUGACGCAGGUGUCUAGACAUGCAGCCGACGGAAACUCGACUCACACCGACGCCAUCUACGACACUGUGGCGAACUAUGUGGAAUUACGGAUCCAUUACGGUGGACCGUGGAUCGCCAUCGCGGAAGUUACUUUCGAUAACUCUCGCGUUGAAGUACCUCCAGAGCUGUAUCUCCUGAAAGAAUCCGUCGAACCGAUUCCAUUGGUCGUCUCCGGUGGAUCGGGCACGUCCAGCCAAUCAGGAGGCGGCAACGCCAGCGUCGAAGCACUAAUUCCACCGCCGUACAACCUGGCACCCAUGCAACCGCACACCUACGCACUGGUCGUCGGGUUGGGCUGUCUAGCCACCAUUCUCAUCAUCUUAGUCCUCGUGCUCUUCGUUCAUUGGCGUCGUCGGGCAUUCCUGGCAAGCCACAAACUGGACGAAAUCAAUCGCACCUUCCAGCACCCCUCGACUAUGCAAUUGAUGAAGGCGGCAACGUCACCGCAGCCCGCGCAUUCCACGAAGAUGUGCGUCGGCGCGCAGCAGCUUCCGAUGUACUUGAACGGUGAAGGCGGCGCUGCUGGCGGUGGUGGUGCGUAUGUCGCUGGAUUCUCUCCAUCCGCGAUCAUGUCGCAAUCGCACACACACUUGGCAUCCAAGUUUUAUUGCGUCAUUCAACGUUUGUUUUGUCAGCAGACACCACCGGAGCAUUCGUCGCACGGAGAGGGUGACAACCAGCCAGCCCUCUUCCCCUACUACCAGGCCCCAAAUCAGACGGUAAUCGGUGCGACGUCUGAAUCGACAGCUGUCUACACCACCGUGUCUGACUCCGACCCCUACGUGAACGCCACACCGCGUCAACACCAGAUGAUGCGAAUACCGCCUCCGCCGUCGCUGCCACUCCCGCCUCCUCCUCCUCCUCCACCGCCGUCGUCUAACCAGUCUGGGACCCCUGUGGAGCAUCCACAGUUGAGUCCGUGGAUGGGGACGCUUGGCAGAGAGGCGUACAUGCAGCACAGCGGUAGCAGUGGAAGCUGUGGCCUCAACACCUUCUACCGCUACUCUGUGCCGGUGAAUGGUGGUGCUUUCCCAGCCACUCCAGUCUACUCAGCACCCGUGUGGACGGCGACGUCUAGCACCGGAACCAUGGAUGCUGGCGGGUCAGAGCAAUUCUUCCAGCAGCAACAAUCACCACGGCAACUGCAUCUGCUGCCGCAAGACGCCUCUGAUCUACCCGGUACGUUCUCUACAACCAACCAAUCACAUUCGAGAGUAUUCGUCAGCUACGCCUGUAAGUUCAAUCAUCUACGGAGGAUUCUACGGCCAGACGAUGGCAUUCAAGGAACCUCGACGCGGUCCGACAGAGGCAUCAAUGAAGCACUCUUUGCCGUAGCAGACGAAGUGGCAGCGACCAGCUCUACAGUCGUAUCCCUCGAGGUCGCUGACCACACAGAACUCCGUCUUGCAACCAGAGAACACUACGUGUACCUUCUCUUUCAAAGCACCUCUGCGGUUCCAAGACGAGCGCACUGGUCGAAGCCACGAUUCCAGUUCGUUAGAAGGUGUUCUACGCCUGUUUUUGCAACGACCGUUCACACAAGGGGCUGCGCCGAGUUGACAGGCAUUGUCUUCACAUUCGACAAGUCGUCUUUCCGCAAGCGUCAACCAGGCAAAGAAGAGCAGCAAUCCGACAAAUUGGCCUUUCAUGAACUAAGGAGGGUUACAAAGCCACUUUUCAUGGGUGUAUUAUAG